AAAAAAAAGUAUUUUCAGUGGAUAUUGUAAACAAAUAAAGUUAACUUAUUACUGAUUAAAAAACAAAAAUUUAUUCAUGCUAAAAGGAAAAUACUUAAAUGAGACUGAAAAGGCUGUAAUUGAUCAAUUAAAAUCGAUUGAGCUGUCCAAUCGGGAUAUUGCAAUGCGAAUUAAUAGAGACAAAAAGGUAGUAAGAAAUUAUUUAGCAAAAAGCAAAGAUUAUGGCAAGAAGAAGAAGACAAAGGGCAAUACAAAAAUUACAAAUCGUGACAAAAAUCGUGCAACCCUGAGCAUAUUGUAGAACGAUUUAAUUUGGCAAAAAGAUACGUUCAUUGGACUACGGAGUGGACAAAUGUGGUCUUUUCAGAUGAGAAAAAAUUUAAUCUUGAUGGAUCUGAUGGAUUUCAUUACUACUGGCGCGAUUUAAGAAACGAAAAGCAAUUCAACUACUAUAGAAUUUUUGGUGGUGGCUCUUCAAUGGUUUGGGCAGCAUUCUCAAUGCAUGGUAAGACCCCGAUUGCAAAAGUUACUACUCGGAUGAAAUCAGACAACUAUAUUCAGCUUAUGGACGAUGUUUUGAUUCCAUUUACAGACGAUUUUAUGGAUGGUGACUUCAUUUUUGUCCGAGAUAUUGCUUCAAUUCAUAAAAGUAAAAAGACUAUGGAAUGGUUUAGUAACAAAAAUAUCGUUGUUCUCGACUGGCCAAGCAGAUCACUCGACAUGAACCCAAUAGAGAAUCUAUGGGGAAUACUUGCCCGUCGAGCAUAUAGUCGAGGUCGUAAAUUUUCAUCCAUUCAAGAGCUUGAUUUAUCAACACAGAUGUUAGAAACUUUAGUCAAUUCCAUGCAAAAUCGUCUAAUUGAACUUAUACGUAAGUAUGGACACAAAACAAAAUACUAAUUCAUCGUUUUUGGGCAAAUAA